AUGGGUUUAAGCCGAUACUUAAGCCGGCGGCACCAUUGGGUCAUACAGUACUGCGCGCUGCUUCUCUUCCUCUAUUUUAUCUAUUCCUAUGUGGCUGUAUCGAACGAUGCGCCACGUCUAAACGAGGAGAUUCCAGUGUUCCGUGAGUUUUCAGAAGAUUUGCCACAAGGUUCUAGAAAGUUUCCAGAGCAAAAGCCGGCAGCAGCACUGGGUGACGAGGCGCUGGACCCAUUUGAAAAGUAUCGAGGGCAUGAGAAAAUUAAAUGGGAAGACGAGGUGGCCUACGAAAAAGACAAAGCCCGGGAGGGUCCAGGCGAGUGGGGCAAGCCUGUCAAGCUUCCCGACGAUAAGGAGACCGAAAAGGAGGCGCUCUCACUGUACAAAGCCAAUGGAUACAACGCCUAUAUUUCGGACAUGAUCUCGCUGAAUCGAUCGAUUAAGGAUAUUCGACACAAGGAGUGCAAAAAGAUGACGUAUUCGGCAAAAUUGCCGACGGUCUCCGUCAUUUUUCCGUUUCACGAAGAGCACAACUCCACCCUCCUCCGAUCCGUGUAUUCUGUAAUCAAUCGAUCGCCACCUGAACUAUUGAAAGAAAUCAUUUUGGUUGAUGAUUUCAGUGAGAAACCAGCACUACGACAACCGCUGGAAGACUUUUUGAAGAAGAACAAAAUCGAUCAUAUUGUCAAGAUUUUGAGAACAAAAAAACGCGAAGGCCUAAUCCGUGGUCGUCAAUUGGGCGCUCAAGAAGCCACCGGCGAGAUUCUGAUCUUCCUCGACGCCCACUCAGAAUGCAAUUACAACUGGCUCCCGCCCCUCCUGGACCCAAUAGCUGACGAUUAUCGUACUGUAGUCUGCCCAUUCGUGGAUGUCAUAGACUGUGAAACCUAUGAGAUCCGCCCACAAGACGAAGGAGCCAGAGGAUCCUUCGAUUGGGCCUUCAACUAUAAGCGUCUGCCUUUAACCAAAAAGGACCGAGAGAACCCUACAAAACCGUUCGAUUCCCCAGUUAUGGCUGGCGGCUACUUUGCAAUUUCCGCCAAAUGGUUUUGGGAAUUGGGUGGAUAUGACGAGGGAUUGGAUAUUUGGGGUGGGGAGCAAUACGAGCUUAGCUUCAAGGUUUGGCAAUGUCAUGGGAAGAUGGUCGAUGCGCCUUGCUCCCGUGUAGCCCAUAUCUAUCGAUGCAAAUACGCUCCGUUUAAGAAUGCCGGGAUGGGCGAUUUUGUGUCCAGGAAUUACAAACGAGUGGCUGAAGUUUGGAUGGAUGAAUAUAAGGAGACCCUCUAUAAACAUAGGCCUGGAAUCGGGAAUGCGGACGCGGGAGAUUUGAAAUUGAUGAAGGGAAUUCGAGAGAAACUACAAUGCAAAUCGUUCGAUUGGUUCAUGAAGGAGAUCGCAUUCGAUCAGGAUAAGUACUAUCCGGCGAUUGAGCCCAAAGCGUCGGCUGAGGGAGAGAUACGCCAUGUGGCAUCGAAUUUGUGUAUUGAUACGCAGUUUAAGGAACAAAAUCAACGAUUCGGCUUGCGAAAAUGCGCAUCCGAGGACAAGGACGGUGGUGGUGAGCAGGACCUCCGGCUGACGAGAUGGCACGAUAUUCGUCCGAAGGGACGAAAAAUCUGCUUUGACGUCUCAACGAGCGUCGAUAAGGCACCAAUUAUCCUUUUCGAUUGCCACUCCAUGAAAGGCAACCAGCUGUUCAAGUACCGUAUGCCUCAAAAACAAAUCUACCACCCGGUCUCGGGUCAAUGCCUAACUGCUGAUGAGAACGGCAAAGGAUUCCUGCACAUGAAAAAGUGCGAUUCCAGCUCAAAGCUACAGCAGUGGGCAUGGCAAACCAUCGAUCAGGAGCUACUGGAUCAACGACAAGCGAACGAGCACAAAGAGCUGGAAUAG